CUGGCUCAAACCGAGAUGGAAAUUGAAGCUGUACUAACGUCCCUCUUCCUUAUUACAAACACCUUUGCAGCACCUCAAAGUCUAGAUCCACAGUAUGAUGGAUUCGAGCUGGUAUCUUCAUCAGUAAAUUUAUUGGGCCAUUAUGACAGCUCGUAUUUGGAGAUAGAAUCGCGAAUGAAUGACUGUAGUGGAACAACGAGGGUGAAAUGUUAUAACGAAACGGCUGUCAGUUUGUGUACUACCGGAGGGCAGAGAAUUAUCCCUUGUCAGGGUCUCACCCCUAAAUGCAACCCAGUCCUCAACGUCUGCGUUUCUGGAAGGGUAGUUUUAAGAGCAGCAGAAUUCACCUGUCCUGCACAGGACGGCUACUAUCCGGAUUUAAUGUCGUGCAGAAAAUAUUAUUUUUGCGCCAAGGGCAAAGCCAAAGAGUACAACUGCGACGUUACUGAUGUAUACGAUCCUAAGACGAGAUCGUGUGUGAGGCAUCUUGGUAAUCAGUGCUACAGAUUCCAGUGCAUUGGAAAGCAAGGGAGGUUCACACCAUACCCCGGAGAACCAAAUAUAUAUGCGAUUUGCUCAGGAAACCAACCGGUCGAAUUGUUCAGGUGCCCUGAUGGAUUGGGUAUGAACGAGCGGGAACAGAAUUGUAAACCACUUUGCGAAAAAGAAGGUUUAAUCAAAGAUCAGACCUCUUGUCAAAAAUACCACGAGUGCACGCGAUUACUAACAGGGUUCAGAGUCAGGGACGGCGAGUGCCCAGCAGGAUCUUGGUUCAACCCAACUUUUGGCCAAUGUAGGAUGCUCGAGGAUGAAAAGGAUUGCCCGGAAGCUUUUUAUCCUGAAGAAGAUAAUAAUAGCACAACCCCAGAGUUUCCUGAGACCACCGAAAUGACACCCAAGACUACGUCGACCACAGAGACACCUGAAGAAGAAGACAGCGAAGGAGAAAUCGAUGAAACAUUUGAGGCAACAAGAACAAAACAACGAGUUUGAACAACAUGGAACUGUUUUUAUCAUUUUUAUAGAACUAUUUAUUAAUUUACAAAAAUCAUGAAUUUUCAUUAU